AUGGACACCUAUGCCUCUGCCAAGGUACCAAUGGGCUUCGGACACAAGAUCUUUGCCGACCCAUCCGGUGUUCCUGUGGAUGAAAAGAAGUAUCGUGGAAUGAUUGGAUCUCAACUUUAUCUCACAUCAAGUCGUCCGGAUAUAAUGUUUUCCACAUGCCUAUGUGCCAAAUUUCAAGUCAACCCAAAGAUGUCCCAUCUUUUGGCUGUGAAACAAAUUUUCCGAUACCUUAAAGGUACCAAGAGUCUUAAAAUGUGGUACCUAGCAAAUGAGAGCUUCCUACUCCAAGCCUAUUCAGAUGCGAAUUGUGGUGGUCUUCAACUUGAUAGAAAAAGCACUUCGGGUGGCUAUCAAUUCUUAGGUGGUCGUUUGGUCAGUUGGUCAUCCAAGAAACAGAACUGCAUUGCUCUCUCUAUAGCCGAAGCAUAA